AUGGAGAAGUUAAAGCAAGUGUUUACAGAAUUAAAAUUAUCUAAAACUACCUUGUUCGAUUUUGUAAAACAACAUUGCAAUUUAUCUCUCAAAAAAGCUCGGCUUCAACCCAUAGACCGGAAUAGCGAAGAAAAAAUCCAGGAGCGCUUGGAUUGGGUUCGUAAGUGGGACAAAACAGAUCUAGAUUUUACGAGAAACUGUGUCUUUCUUGACGAUUCUGCUUUCCACAUUAAUUUGAAACGUAGUAUGGCUUGGUCAAGGAAAGGUGCACCGGCAGUGGUCACAGUUCCCAAAACACGAGCGACAACAACAACCAUUUUGGGCGCGAUUUCUGCUGAAGGUGUAAUCAAAUGUAGCCUUAGACUUCCUCAGCCUCCAUCUAAUAAAAAGAGAAAGCGGGAAGAUGGCGUUGGGCAAAUGAGCAAAGGAACGGAUGAUGCUCAACUACCAUUGAUCAUGAUUUCUAUCGGUUCCUUAAUAACGUUCUCAUAUAAAAAGACGUUGUUUGUAAUAUUGGGUCCUCUCUCGUCUUGA